UUCAUGCAAAAGAAAAAUAUUAACUUUGUAACGUAGACUGAAUUUCUUUUAGUAUUUCCUUUUUAAUUUAUCACACAAAAGAUUAAAUCCGGUUAAAAUCACAUUAGUCUUAAUUGACUCCAAUUCGCGUUUUUAAAAAUAAAACUAUUACUGGUUCUUAUAAGAUGUAAGCCAUUAAAAUUUAGAUUCUUAACUUCAAUGAAUCCGCUAAUUACAGAACUCAGGUCCUGAAAACAAACCAAAAUGCGCUAACAAGGCCUUGUUAUACAAUACACUUAUGAUGCAGGUUAUAUCCGAGAAGUCUUUCAAUCAAACUAUUUACACAAUUUCGCAUUUUUCUAGCAAUGAAAAAUCACCAGGAAGUUAUUCUUUUUUUAGAUAUAGAGGAAUUGUUGAGUUAAUGGUCUCCUCUGUAUAUAUAACACACGCAGAGUUGUUGGUUAGUAGGAAAGGAAACUGAACGUUCGGAAUAACCAAAAAAACAAGACAGGGCCAUUGUGCCGUAGAGCAUUCCGAACUUAAAAUCACCUUUGGGCAGUGGUAUGGUUUAUUCACCAAAGGAGUGUAAGUGAAUUCUGGAGAAAGACUGCAAAGGGUGGCACAGUUAGCGGAGGAUUCAAGAGAGUGUCGGUCUUCAAGAGUGUUGUUUCACUCUGUGCUUCAUUAGGGCAUGAAACCGCGAUCGACACAAGGGGUAGCACAUAGUACGGCACAUCUGAUAGCCUUAAAAUGCGGUGAGCUGCAAUCUUUAGUUGAUCGUCGAAACAAUCAACAGCCACACCACGAUCCGCAAUCGGGGAAACGACAAAUUCUAAUUUAGGUUGUUUUAGAGCAUCUCUGGAUCAAUUACUCGAGAUAUAAUCGACAGUAGCGUCACACCCCAGGCUAGUAUGAAAGUGAUCGUUGUCAGCGAGGGAAACAAACCAGAAAUGUAAAACAUUAGAGCCUGAAACGUGACUGGUUGAAUCGUUCUACAGUUAGACAUCAUCGUCACCACCUGCUUUUAGCCGCUUGCCCCUCGGAGUUAAAGGCUUAGUCCGGCUUUACUACAUUAGUGGCCGUGUCUCGGGGCACGCAGGCGAACACUGACACCAUUAAUCACAGCAUUUUGACAGGGAUUAAAUGGACUCAAUUCGUUUUAUUGCAAUCCCGAUGUUUACAAUCCUUAGUGAAACCAGUCAAAACUCGAGUACUUGCAAUUAACGAGGACACUAAAACCUCGAACGAACGGAAGCUUUGGAAAGAGCCCGCGGUACUUCUAAUUGGUUUUGGGUUGUAUCUGGUUUGGGGAAUUUUGAAGCCAUUAUUAAAGGAGAACGGCGCUCAGAGGCUGGGGUUCUCACAACGCCUUGACUCGACAUCAUGGAAGAGCACCACCACGCCGGGAAUUUCGAUACUCAAAUAAACGUCACAAAUACAACUCUCGGGUUGACCGGUAGUACAUCUGCCGAGUUCCGCGCUAUUAAGAUUCUAUUCUACUUCAUUAUACUAGCAUGCAGCACACUGGGAAAUGGCUUAGUCGCGUACAUUAUCUGCUCGACUCGAAGCAUGAAGACCUCGUCUAACUUCCUAAUCUUGAAUCUCGCGGUUUGCGACCUGCUAACCCCUCUUAUCAGCAUUCCGUUCGACUUCGCAGUGGAAGAGAGCAACUACCAGUGGCUUUAUGGGGAAUACAUGUGUAAGACCUUAUGGCCGGCGGCUACCCUAACAGCCACGUCCUCCGCCCUGACCCUGGCUCUGAUCUCCCUUGAUAGAUACCGUCUAAUUAUGCAUCCCUUCAAGCCGAGACUGACUACUAAACAGAUCAAACUCGCGAUUGCUUGCAUAUACGUCAUUUCUGUAGCUUUAGUGACUCCUUAUGUCACGAUGCUGGGAGUAAAAGACGGUUCGUGCACCGAGAACUGGCCGCGGUUCGUCUAUCGUCAGGUGUACACUGUAGUGCUCUUCUGCUUUCAGUACGCCUUACCGUUACCAUUCAUGAUUACCAUGUACGCGUUGGCUUUGGUAAACCUAUACUCCGCUACUCGAAAAACCACUAAAAUGAUUUCCAAGGCAGCCUCGCCCGCACAGAUAUACCGUGUUGGCGACAAUAUGAAUGGCAUGACUACAAAAGAGACGAAACUCCUCAAGAAGUCCCUCAAAACUCAACAGGAACACUAUGCCAACCAGCGCGCCACGAAAAUGUUUAUCACUGUGGUGACCGUCUUCGCCGUGUGUAUGUUACCUAAUCAGGCAGCUUGGUUAUGGAUGGACUUUGGCGGCCAUGUGAGCGAUUCCUUCAACACGGCAUCAAUCGUAUGCUGGCUCUUCACCUAUACCAACUCCGUCGUAAACCCGGUAAUUUUCACGUUUUUUAGUAAGGAUUUCAGACACGGAAUGCAAGACGUCUUUAAAAAACUGUGUCAAUGGAGCUACACCGAGUUCGACUCGUCUAGACGGUCCUCCGUCAGCGGCUCAAGACGCCCAAGUAACGCAUGCGCGUUCGUGAGCCAAUCAAAUUCCACAUUAGUCAGUAAUACGUCAUACAGACCGAUGACUCCAGAUAUGAACGUCUCUUCGUCUGAGACGAUGUUAUGACGGAAUUAAAGAGCUCUUGUCAGCCACAUCUUUGUUGUAUUUUGAAAUUCGAGAAAACCAAACUAAGAAAACCAUCUAAAAGCAAAGUCUAUACUUUAUUUGCCAAAUUCAAUUCGAAAAUAUUUCAAUAGCAUCCUCUAAUAAGCCGAUGGAAAUGGAUGCAUUUACCCACUUUGCAUUUUGCUCGAAUGACAAAAUGGCGGCUGACAAACACUCUUUAAAAGAAAUGCGAAUGGUGAUAUGGACGCUAUACCUUAUACGAUAUAAAUAAUGUGCCAAAAAAGCUUUUUGAGCUCUCUAAACUGGGAGACACUUUGGGUAGGGGUGAGGUGGAGGGAGGGGCCACCCUUCGCAUUUACAGAUAGAAGCAAAAUCAAACUUUGGCUUAAAACGAUGCACGCGCGUAGCUAUGAGGAAAAAACCUGUUUUCGGAAAGGAGGGGGACGUUACCCGCAUAUUUGUUAGUGGGGAGAGCGUCACCCCAUACAUGAAAACCUUUCCCGCUAACCAUUCAAGCGAAAAUCACGAUAUUGUUUUUCAGUGAGGGGGGGGGGGGGGAGGUAAUUAUGGAUAUGGGAGUAUGCUUCGCCACUAAAGACACAGGUAGCCCAAGCUAUAGAUGGAUUGUCUAAAAAUAUGAUAAAGUAUAACAAAUAGAGUUCUCGUUUGUGCUUGUGUGUGUUUUUUAAAUUGCAUUGGUUACUGAAUUAUAUAAAAAAAUACUGGCA